AUUUCCAUACUCCUACACAGUUUCACUUUCAUUUUUUUCAUAACUCUCACUAAACGUGCAGUGGUUUACAAUGCUCUGACACCAGAACAAAAGACUCAUCCAGAACUUUUACCAUGAUCAGAUGGUUGGAUUUUCUACUGGUUUUGUUCUUGGUCUAUCAAUGUGGAAUCCUCCCCGUAGGAAAUGACCAUAUAACUGAGACGGGAGAAAAGGGAGGCAACGUCACCCUAACAUGUGAAUUUAAGGACCAUAACAUUUCAUUUGAAUUACACAAUCAGACAGGAGACAUUGUUUGUGACAAUGAAGAAUGUCCCAGCAAAUUUGAUAAAAAAGGACCAUGCGACAUCAUCAUCAAGCAUCUGAUCUUCAGUGAUGCUGGGAUAUAUACUCUGACUGUGUAUUACGAUGAUGGUUCGAAAGAGGUGGAGCCAAAUUCUAGGGUUUACCAUCUUCAUAUUCACGGUAAUAUUUCUGCGAAAAUAGGCAAGCCACUGAAGAUGGAUGUUCUGUUGAUCAAUGCUGCUAAAGUGGAGAAAAACUCCAAUGGAGAGUGGACUGAGGUGUGGAAGUCACAAAAAGGGGUCAGCAGUGAUCGACUGAUCGACAGAGAUGGAAAUCUGAUCAUUAAUAAUUUUACGGCCAGUGAUGCUGGAACAUACAGAGUUCUGGACUCUGAAGGAGAAAUCUGGAUCACAGUCACAGUCACAGAAUCUAGUCCAAAAUCUGGCCCAAAGGGAGGUCAGAGGAACAUAAAGACUGACACUGAACAACAGAAACCAAAUCUGAAUAACACAGAUGAUCACGGAACUAAUGGCAAGAACUGGCCUGUAAUAGUUAGCGUAUCUGUAGGGUUUGUGAUGCUGGUUGUGGUUGCUGUGGCUCUGAUUAUAUACGUCAGACGCCGUCAUCAACCACCGAGACGCCAACAUGAACAACAAGAAAACAAUCCACAAUACGUAGAGGUCCCAAUGAACGAUCUUGAACAGGAGGCCCCUGCAGAACACUAGCGAUGUCACCGGUAAGAUCCAGCAGAUCUGCAGAGGAUUCUUUCAGCAUAUUUCUGCAGCUAGGUGUGUAAUAUGUAUCAUCUAUGAUAAUACCAGAAUUGUUGUUUAACAAUGUGUGAGAUUACAUUAUUGAGUAUGUCAUUCACUUUGCAAAAACAAUUGUAUAAAAAAACAACUGGGAAAGACUUGAAUACACGCAGUGUACAGAUGGGUGACAAACUGAUGGAAAACAAACACUGAGUGUCUCAGGUGCUGCAGCACACGCCAAAGAAGCUGCCAUUUCAGUUUUCAGCUGGGUUGAAAUCCACUGACCGAAAGCCCCAGCAUAUGAUACACAUCAUUUUCUUAUAUUCAUAAAGAAUGAAAUCAAUAUAAAUGUUUAAUAAUAGGAUAAUGGUGAUUAAUACACAGACCAACUUUAUAUUAAUUUGUAAUAACUCUUCCCUUUAAAGCCAGCAGAAUAUGAUCAUGUCAUCAAAAUGAUAAUAUUACUUUUAUCGCUGCCUGUUCUGGUAUUAUAUUAUUGUGUUAUAUUAUGUGUGUUAUUGUGAUGUUGCACCUGUGCAAACCACAUUUCCUAAGGGAUAAAUAUAAACCUGUUACAGAAUAACAGAGCUGAUACCCCAAUAUCCCUGCAGCCUGUUUAACUUUCAGUUUGUUUGUUUGUAAUUUGUAACAUGAUGGAGAGGGUGUCCAAAACUGUGUCUGUCUACCAUUUUUUUUCUUGGCUGCUGUUGCCAUUGAUGACUCAAUAGAGGAUUUUAAGGUUUUAUUCUUCAUAAAGCUGCAUUGAAAUAAAAUUGUUUUAAUUGUAUUGAGAAAAAUACUAUACGCAAUAUGACUUUUGAUACAGUAAUAUUUUUCCAAUUAUAUAUGGUGGUAAGUUUCUAAUGGUAUAUGUGUUGAUAUGGUGUUUGUUCAUAUUCCUGUUAAUUCAUGAGUUAACUUAAAACUCUUGGAGCAGCUCAAUUUUUGUUUAUUAUGGAUCCAAAUGGAUUAAAGGUGCAGUAAGAGAUCUUUGAGAAACACUGUGAAAGUGGACCUUACUAAGAGCCAAAACACACUUAGCCAAUCAGCAGCAUGGGCAUUAUUGGGGGCGGAGCUAUAAAGAUCUCCUUUUGGGGAGGGGUGUGUUUAUUCUGGCCAUUUUAAAUAACAGCAUUUCUCUGAGGUUUAGGAUUAAAAAUAUCUUUCCUAAGACCUCCUUACCUCACUGUGACUGUUAAGUUUUUCAUCAUAAAAUAUGUCUAAUUGUGAGAAGUUUUGUUUACUUAUUCUUUUGUUUUUUUUGGUACUGUUUGUCACAGCAAUUAAGAAAUGUUGCAAAUCAAACUCAAAUCUGUGAAAAGUUAAUUAAUGUAGGGCUGAUUGAAUAUGGGUGAAGCUACUUUCUUUUCUUUUCUUUUUACAGUAUAAAAAUGUUUGAAGUACCUGGUGCGAGGGAUUCCUCAUUCCUCAAUUCCUCAAUUUUAGGUUUAUGGCCUUUUGUUUUCUUUCAGUUGUAUGUUUAACAUUGGUUUUCUUGAGGUAUGAGAGGGACAAAUUAACUUAACAUUUUCAAUACACUAUGUAAUUCCAUUCUGCUGCCUGUAUAUUUAAACAUAUAUCUUAAUAAAUACUUUUACCUGCUUUAAA